UUUAGUUGGUGAAGAACAUGACGUCCCGGGAAUUCGGAGAUUCCAUCCGGGCCAUGAUAUCGGACAACAUGACACACGACACCCAGUACUACGGUCCUACAUACUACACCCGGCCAGACCGCGGAACAUCGCAGAUAUCUGUUGUUGAUGCUCUGGGCAAUGCCGUGGCUCUGACUUCGACCAUCAAUUUCGCGUUUGGGUCUAAGGUGCUCGGCAACAGCACCGGGAUCAUCUUCAAUAAUGAAAUGGACGACUUUUCGACACCCGGUGCUGUUAACGGGUUCGGCGUGCCAUCAUCCCCUGCCAACUUCAUCAAACCAAACAAGCGCCCCCAGUCGUCCAUGACCCCGUCUGUCGUGGUAGACGACUCUGGAGACGUCAUCCUGGUUAUAGGGGCUUCAGGGGGAACGAGGAUCACGACAGCUGUAACUCAGGUAACACUCCAGACGCUCAAGUUUGGAAGAAGUGCCGCCAAAUCUGUAGACUACAUGCGUGUCCAUCACCAGCUGCUGCCCGACAACCUGAGGAUUGAGGACGGCUUUCCCCAGGAGAUCAGAGCGGGGCUCAUGUCGAAAGGUCACAUCACAGAGUAUGGAAAUCCGGUGUCGAAUGUUGUCCUUGUAAGAGUAACCAACAAUACAAAGUACGGCGUCUCUGAUUGGAGGAAAGGUGGAACACCAGAUGGAUAUUAACCAAUCACAGAUGCUAUCAUAGUAAGAGCAAAGAAUAUUGCUUAGUACCACAUCUGUGAUUGGAGAAAAAGUGGAAGGCAAAAUAUAUGUUAACCAAUCACAGAUGUUUUCUUUGUAAGAGUAAACAGCAGUACGAAGUACGGCGUCACUGAUUUGAGGAGAAGUUGAACGCCAGAUGGAUAUUAACCAAUCACAGAUGUUAUCAUAGAAUUUACAUGUAUCGAAAAAUCAUUAUAAAAGACACACAAAUAUCUUUAAAAA